CAAGUCUCGCGAGGCCGCGCCCUGGUUCGCGCGGUCUCUAGCGUGCCGUUUUAUCCUCUUGGCGGCGGGGGACUCCUAGCUUUCUUUGAGGGACGUGUUUUCGUGCUCGCUCGGUCAUGGAGACGCGGUCCAAGCGGCUGGACGCGGCGACUCCGUCCCAUCGCUGGACUCGAAAGGCGGUGCUGUUCCUGCCGUGGCUGCUGCUGUUCCUCUUGCGGACCGAAGCUCUGCAGGGCUUGGAGACUGAGGAGCGGUUCCGGACCCGUGAAAAUGAGUGCCACUUCUAUGCUGGUGGACAAGUGUACCCGGGAGAGGUGUCCCGGGUUUCGGUCGCAGAUCACUCCCUGCAUCUAAGCAAAGCCAAGAUUUCCAAGCCAGCACCAUAUUGGGAAGGAACAGCUGUGAUAAACGGAGAAUUCAAGGAGCUCAAACUGACUGACUAUCGUGGGAAAUACUUGGUUUUUUUCUUCUACCCACUUGAUUUCACCUUUGUGUGUCCAACUGAAAUCAUCGCUUUUGGUGACCGAAUUGAAGAAUUCAGAUCUAUAAAUACUGAAGUGGUGGCAUGCUCGGUUGACUCUCAGUUUACCCACUUGGCCUGGAUUAAUACCCCUCGAAGACAGGGAGGACUGGGGCCAAUAAGAAUUCCACUUCUUUCGGACCUGAACCAUCAGAUCUCAAAGGACUACGGUGUAUACCUUGAGGACUCAGGCCAUACUCUUAGAGGCCUCUUUAUUAUUGACGACAAAGGAGUCCUAAGGCAGAUUACUCUGAAUGACCUUCCUGUGGGUAGAUCAGUGGACGAGACACUGCGUUUGGUUCAAGCAUUCCAGUACACUGACAAGCAUGGAGAAGUCUGCCCUGCUGGCUGGAAACCUGGUAGUGAAACACUUGAGAUUAUAAAAUAUUGCAUUCUGAGCCAGACUCAGUGAUAGAAACCUAUAAUUCCAGCUACUUAGGAAGCUGAGGUAGGAGGAUCAAAAGUUCAUGGCCUGUCUAGGCUACACAUGAGUUCAAAACUAAAAUAGGAAAUGCAGCAUGGUUCUAUCUCAAAAAAGAAAGCUGUAAACAGAGCUUUAGAUACAGCUCAGUGCUAACACUAUUGUUUAACAGUUGAAGAACCCAGGGUUCAAUUCCCAGUACUCCAUAUACCCUUAAAAAUUCAUUUGAUAAAUCCUUAGUGAACACGCUGCCUCCUUGUCAGGUUAUUGUAUAACAUAUAAUCAGCAAAUACAUUUUUAAAUAUGUUAACAUCUGUGGCCAUGCUUUCAAUGUGUUAAAUUAGGUUGGGCCCCAAUGUGCUAUGAAAGCUUGGUAGUCAAGAGAAGAGCUGUAAAUAACUUUUGGGUUGCUUGAGUAUAGAUGAUGUUAAUUCAUUGAGAAAUAUAUUCUUUCCUUCUUGGGAUAGCUGAAAUUAGUAGGUAGGACAAAUUUAGUUUUUCCCAAACAUAGUACAUAAUCUGAUUUGGUGUCCAGAAUCAGUGGUUACAUCUUUAGGCAACAGGAGGGUAAUUAAUGCUAAACUAUUCAUAAUGUACUUUGGCUUUUUUUAAAU